GGGUACCCUCGCUCUCCUCCGCCGCGCUCGUGCAGACUGCUGAACAGAGCGUCUCCGGGACUGGUGAAACAUGUUUUGUUACAACCUCUAGGCUAUUGCCUACCCACUUGUGUUGCCGACGGACACAGACCUGUAACGGAGUUUGUACUGAAUGGAAUAAUAUCUCUGGCGUCAAAGUUCUGAAUCUGAUACGGUUUUCAGAAGUGUGGGAUUUGUAACACUGCGCUGGUGUGACAUCGUUCGCAUGUAAACCGAUUGAGCAGGAUUGACUCUUGGAAGUGGACAAAAGAUGGACUACUGUUAAUUUUGAUUCACAAUGGGAUUAAAACUAUUUAUUUUCCUCGGUUUAUUCUGCGUCACCUCAGUUUUAGGUUUCGGGGUUGAUCCUGCUCUAUGCAUCAAUGUUUUCGAUGAAUUGACGCUUGGAGAGGGUUUUGAUGGAGUUACUCAAGUCCAGGGCUUCCACAGCGAGUCUCGGGCGUUCCACUUUCAAGGUUCGUCCAGGGAGGUGAAGGCUCCUGAGGAUGUGUCUGAGCGGAUGCUCCAGAAGCUGAGGGGCCGGAGGGAGUUCACCGUUGUGGUCACCCUGAAACAGGAGCACUUCAACUCUGGGGUCAUCCUCUCCAUCCACCACUCUGAACAGAGGUUCCUGGAGUUGGAGAGCAGUGGGCAGCGCAAUGAGGUGCGUCUCCACUACCGCACCAAGGGUCAGAAGGCCCACACCGAGGUGUUUCCCUACAGCCUGGCAGACGGACAGUGGCACAAGGUUUCUGUGGCUGUCAGCGCCUCCCACAUCAUACUGCACGUUGACUGCAACAGGAUCUAUGAGAGGGUGGUGGAGAUCCCAUUCAUGGACAUCCCUGAGGACACAACCUUCUGGUUAGGGCAGCGGAGCAGCGCCCAUGGCUUUUUCAAGGGUGUAAUGCAGGACGUUCAGAUAUUAGUCAUGCCUCAGGGAUUCAUCUCCCAGUGCCCAGAUCUCAACCGGACUUGCCCAACCUGCAAUGACUUCCACGGACUGGUGCAGAAGAUCAUGGAACUGCAGGAUAUCUUAGCCAAAACAUCCAGCAAGCUGUCCAGAGCAGAGGAGAUGAUGAAUGGUCUGGAUGGAUGCUACUGUGAGAGGACCUGCAGCGUCAAGGGGGUCGUCUACAGAGAGGACGAAUCAUUGACAGAUGGCUGCAGGAACUGCACAUGCACGAACGGCACGGUGCAGUGUGAGACUAUCUCCUGCCCUCCCCCUCAGUGCCCAGCGGGCACCACGCCUGCCUACGUGAAGGGUGCCUGCUGCAUGGAGUGCCAACCUGUAUGCCAUUUCGGAGAAGAAGAGUUGGUGGAGGGAGAUCAGAAAGCGGUGCAUUAUAACUCUGGCAGAUGCCAGCUGUCUGAGUGCAGGGAGAGGACCAUGCAUCGGGUCGUCAUGACUAGCCCCUGUCCUGAACUCAACUGUCCAGAGUCCGAGCAGGUCACCCUCACCGACAGGUGCUGCAAAGUCUGCAGAGGUCACGACUUCUGUGCGGAGGGCCACGGCUGUGUGGAACACUCUGACUGUAUCAACUUGGAGGCUGGGGCCUGCUGCAGCUGCAAGGACGGCUUCCGCCCGCUCCGAGAUGACAACGCAUACUGUGAAGAUAUUGAUGAGUGUGCAGAGGGGAAGCACUACUGCAGGGAGAACACCAUGUGUGUCAACACCCCCGGCUCCUUCAUGUGUGUCUGCCACACGGGUUACAUCAGGAUCGAUGACUACUGCUGCACGGAGCAUGAUGAGUGUGUGAGCGGACUGCACAGCUGCGCCCAGAAUGCCCUCUGUUUCAAUACGGUGGGGGGACACAGCUGCUCUUGUAAGCCGGGAUACACUGGCAACGGUACCAUCUGCAAAGCGAUGUGUGAUGGCCUGUGCCAGAAUGGAGGAACCUGCAUCUCCCCUAAUAACUGCAUCUGCCAGCUAGGCUUCACAGGGAAGAGCUGUGAGACAGACAUUGAUGAGUGUUUUCAUGGUUUCGUGGAGUGUGAUGACAAAGCCAUCUGUGUCAACCUGCCCGGCUGGUACCACUGCGAGUGUCGGGAUGGCUACCACGACAACGGCUUGUUCUCUACUAAUGGGGAGUCGUGCAUAGAUAUCAAUGAAUGCAAGACUGGGAGGAACACCUGUGCCAAUGACACGGUGUGCUUCAACUUAGAGGGGGGCUAUGACUGCAGGUGCCCCCACGGGAGGAACUGCACCGGAGACUGUAUUCAUGACAACAAAGUCAAACACAAUGGACAGAUCUGGGUGCUGGACAAUGAUAGGUGCUCAGUCUGCUCUUGUCAGACUGGCCAUGUGAUGUGCAGGAGGAUGGUGUGUGACUGUGAGAACCCGACAGCUGACCUGUUCUGCUGUCCAGAGUGUGACCCUCGCCUCAGCAGCCAGUGUCUGCACCAGAACGGCCUGCUGACCUACGGCAGUGGAGAGUCCUGGGUGGAGAACUGCCAGCAGUGCCAGUGUCUGCAGGGGCAGGUGGACUGCUGGCCACUGUUGUGCCCCCAUGUGGACUGUGAAUUCACGGUGGUGCCCGAAGGCGAAUGCUGUGCCCGCUGCGUCACUGAUCCCUGCCAGGCCGACACCAUACGCAACAACAUCACCAAGACGUGCAUGGACGGGCACGGCAUCCAGCGCUUUAGCGGCUCCUCCUGGGUCAAACACAGCACCGAGUGCACCCUCUGCCAGUGCAAGAAUGGACAUAUCUGUUGCUCAGUGGACCCCAUGUGCCUUUAGUUCCUGAAGCUCUGAAGGCACCUCCCUGUACAGUGUUAUCCAUGUAAAAACAACCAGCGUUUUCCACCCUCCAGCCCAACGUCUUUAUACCAAAUACAAAACAUGUAUYAUAGAACACAGAUGGACUACAGUACCCACAAGCCCCCUCUGUGUUCAGCCUCACCAAUCAGGGUGACCUGUGUGCAUUGAGGAACACCCCCAAAUCAUCUGCAACAUGACGCUGUAAAAUACUAUUAUACUGGCAUGAAUGUGCUCGAUGUAGAAACAUUUUGCUCAUUUCUAAACUCUUUAAAUCUCAACGAUAUCCUAGAUAGCGGUUGUUUUAGUGUAAGUUUCAUUUGCUACAUUAUUAAAGUUGUCUAUAUUUUGUGGUCCUCUAGCAUUAUUUUCUAUUAAUCUUUUACAUUUAUUUCCAGGCUUGUUAAUGUGUAAUGGUGAAUAAAGUAUUUCAAUUUACA